AUGAGGUACCUUAUUUUUCUUAUAGGAAUAUUAUCAAUUUUUCAGUUCAUCGAUGCUGCCAUACUUGGAGUCGAUUAUGGUAACGACUUUACUAAAUCUGUUUUGGUUGGUCCCAAUGCUCCCUUUGAGAUUGUUUUAACACCCGAAAGCAAAAGAAAAGAACCUUCUAUAUUUCACAUAAGUGAAAUUAUUCCAUUUGAUGAUAGCAACAGCAAUAAUAAUAAUAAAAACCAAUUGGAGAGAUUUUUCGGUUACGCUUCAAACUCUAUUUGUCUAAGAAAUCCCUUAAACUGUUUGUCUAAUUUGAAAAAAUUGGUUGGUAAUGUUUUUGAUGAAGAUUUAAUUUCAAAUUAUUUGAAUUAUCAAAAUCCUAAUUUAUUAUCAUAUUCAAAAUUUUCCCCAAAUCCAAAAAGAAAUAAUUCAAUUUUGUUCAACAUUAAUAAUGCUAAUAACGCAAAGAGUAAUAAUAAAAAUGCCAACAACAACUUUGAAAUUGAGGAGCUUAUUGCAAUGUCAAUUAUCGAUAUCAAUUCAAGAGCCGCUCCUUUAACUCCAUCAAAAAUUGAUUCAAUAUCUUUAUCAAUACCAAAUUAUUUCAAUCAACAACAAAGGCUAUCUCUAAAAAAUUCAAUAAAUCUAUCAAAUUUGAACCUAGUCUCUUUGGUUAAUGACGGAUUGGCUGUAAUGUUAAAUUACAUUAAAAAUAAUUUAAACAAUUUAAAUUUGAUCAAAGAUAAUAAAAAGGUUGCAAACUAUUACAUAAUAUACGAUAUGGGUUCAUCUUUAACUCAAGCAACUCUAACUAAAAUUUAUUUAAAUGGGGAAAAAAAUGACAAGCUAUCAUUAGAAAUUCUUGAUUAUGAUUAUAAUAAUCAAAUCAAUGGAAAUUAUGUUACUCUUAAUAUUUUCAAUCUUUUAAAACAAAAGUUUAUUGAUAAUAAUCAAUUUACUUUAGAUGAAAUUCACGAUUUGAAUUUAAAUUCCAAAUUUUUAACUAAAUUAUGGAGUUAUUCAAAUAAUAUAAAAUUAAUCCUAAGUACUAAUAAUGACACUUUCAUUUCAAUUGAAUCCCUAUACAACAAUAUCGAUUUCAGAUCAAAUUUAACAAGAUUAGAACUUGAAAAUUCAAUCGAUGGUGACUCAAGAUUAAGUAUAACCAACCCAAUCUCAAAUCUAUUAUUAAGAAAUAAUUUAUCAAUUGAUGAUAUAGAAUCCAUUGUUUUAAACGGCGGUUCAACAAGAGUUCCCAUGGUCAAAAAUUAUUUAAACGAUUUCAUUCAAAAUAAUUUCAAGAACUCCAUUAAUAACGAUAAAAAUAAUAAUAUAAUUAGCAAGAAAAAUAAUGCUGAUGAAUCAGUAGCUUUUGGUACUGUAUUGCAUGGUAUCUUAACCUCUAAAAUAUAUAAAACUUUUGAUAUAGACAUACUUGAUCGUUCAAUUUAUGAUUAUUCAAUUGAAAUAUCUAAAAUUGAAAACAAAAGAUAUGAAAAUGAAAAUGGAAAUGAAAAAUCAUCAAAGCAAAUUAUUUUCGCAAAGGGUUUUGUUCUAAAUUCUUCAAAUAUAAUUGAAUUGCCUUUAACUGAUUUGUUCAAUAAUACUGAGGAUUUUGAAAUAUCAUUACUUGAAGAUAAUAAACCAUUUCAAAUUAAAUCAUUUACCAACAUUUCAUCUUUAUUAAAUAAUUAUAAAUCCUCGCAUAUAAGCAAAAAUGAUGAAAGAUUUAACCAAUGCAUCUUGAAAAAUGGAUUAUCUUAUUUUGGACAUUUCAAAUUAGAUUAUAAUAGAAUUUUUGAUUUAAUUAAAAUUGAGGCAAAAUGCGAUUAUAUCAAUGAAAAGGAUAAUUCAAAAUCGAGCAAUUUCUUUCAAAAGAUACUCCAUAAGAAAACAAACGAAGAAGAUGAGUCAGAUUCAGAUGAAUCAGAGGAAUUAAUUGAAAUUAUUAAUAAUGGAAAUUUAACUGACUUUAAUUCAACAUUGAAAAGUAUCAAUAAACUUGAGUCCAAAUUACUUGAAAAAAAUAAAAAAUUUAAUAUUCCAAUUUCUUCAAAAGCUCAAUAUAUUGGUAUUAGACCAUUAAAUUAUUUAGAAAAGGAAAAUAGUAAAAAAAGACUACAAACUAUUUUGAAAAACGAUAAAUUAAGAGAAUUAAAAUUGUCAAAUUUGAAUAUUUUAGAAAGUGAUUUGUAUUCAUUACGUUCGACACUUGAGGAUAUUCAAGAAGAGAUAUCCAAAACAAAUGAAGAUGGGAUAGUAGAUGGAAGUGAGUUUAGCAAAGAAAUAUUAAUGAAGUUUAAAAACAAUAAACAGUUAUUUAAAAAUUUCAAUAAAUUAAUUAGUCAUUAUUUAAAUUGGAUUGAAGAAGAAAGUUUUCAGCAGUCGAGUAUUAUUAAAUUGAAUUUAAGAGAAAUUGAGAAGAAAAUUGAAGAUGUUAAGAUUUUUAAAAGAUAUAUUAGUAAACCAUUAAAUAUAUCUGAAUACCAACAGAUUUAUAAAGAUGGGUUAAAUAUUAACAAUAAAUUACAAGAAUUUUUGUUAGAUGUUUCGGAUGAUAUUAAUGAGCUUCGUAAUUUAUAUUUAAAGAGUAAUUUUACUCAGGAAAUGUUUGAAAAGGAUAAUGGUAGAGUUUCUAGUAAAAGUUUAAACAAAAUAGAGGAAUUGAAUAUUGAUAAACAAGUUCAAGUUUUGAUCAACAGAUUACAUGAUUUGAGUGCUGUAAUUGAAAAGGAGAGUGUUAGAUCAGAUGAUAAAGAAGACGAAAGUGAAGAAAAAGAAGAAAAAAGUAAAGAAGAUGAUUAUAACGACGACAAUGAUGAUAAUGACGAUGAUGAUGACGAUGAAGAUAAUGAAAAUUAUGAUCACAGUGAGAGUAAAGAAAUAAUUUCAAAUUAUAAAUUAGUUGAAAGGAUUCAGUCAAAGAUCAAAGAAAUUGAGGCAUUAAAGGAAAAAUUAGAAAAAGAACAUGGAUACAGAAUCAAGGGGAUUAAAAGAAUAUUGGACAGAAGAAUUAAAAAUAAGAAGAAAAAAGAGGAAAGCACUUUAAGCGUGGAAAAUACAGAGGAUUUAGAAAGCACAAUAAGUGUAGAAGACAUCGAAACGACAAAUGACAGUGGCAAGAGUAAUAAGCAAGAAAAUGGGGAUUUUAAAUCGAAUGAAAAGGUAAAGGAGGAUUUAAGUAAUGAACAUGAUGAGUUGUAA